AUGGGGUUCCUGAAACUGAUUGAGAUCGAGAACUUUAAGUCGUACAAGGGUCGACAGAUUAUCGGACCAUUUCAGAGGUUCACCGCCAUCAUUGGACCCAAUGGCUCUGGUAAGUCAAAUCUCAUGGAUGCCAUCAGCUUUGUACUAGGUGAAAAAACCAGCAACCUUCGAGUAAAGACCCUACGGGAUCUGAUUCAUGGUGCUCCUGUGGGCAAGCCAGCUGCCAAUCGGGCCUUUGUCAGCAUGGUCUAUUCUGAGGAAGGUGCUGAAGAUCGCACCUUUGCCCGUGUCAUUGUAGGAGGUUCUUCUGAAUACAAGAUCAACAACAAAGUGGUCCAACUACAUGAAUACAGUGAAGAGUUAGAGAAGUUGGGCAUUCUCAUCAAAGCUCGUAACUUCCUCGUCUUCCAGGGUGCUGUGGAGUCUAUUGCCAUGAAGAACCCCAAGGAGAGGACAGCUCUAUUUGAAGAGAUUAGUCGCUCUGGGGAGCUGGCACAGGAGUAUGAUAAGCGAAAGAAGGAAAUGGUAAAGGCUGAAGAAGAUACACAAUUUAAUUAUCAUCGUAAGAAAAAUAUUGCAGCUGAACGUAAGGAGGCCAAACAGGAGAAAGAAGAGGCAGAUCGUUACCAGCGCCUGAAGGACGAGGUGGUACGUGCUCAAGUACAGUUGCAGCUCUUCAAGCUUUACCAUAAUGAAGUAGAAAUUGAAAAACUCAAUAAGGAACUGGCUUCUAAGAACAAAGAGAUUGAGAAGGACAAGAAACGGAUGGACAAAGUAGAGGAUGAGCUGAAGGAGAAGAAGAAAGAGCUGGGCAAAAUGAUGCGGGAGCAGCAGCAGAUUGAGAAGGAGAUCAAGGAGAAGGAUUCAGAGCUGAAUCAGAAGCGACCUCAGUACAUCAAAGCUAAGGAGAAUACCUCCCACAAGAUUAAAAAGCUGGAAGCAGCGAAAAAAUCUCUUCAGAAUGCUCAGAAGCACUAUAAGAAGCGUAAAGGUGAUAUGGAUGAGCUGGAGAAGGAGAUGUUAUCUGUGGAGAAGGCCCGACAGGAGUUUGAAGAACGGAUGGAAGAGGAGAGUCAGAGUCAGGGCAGAGACUUGACCCUGGAAGAGAACCAGGUGAAGAAAUACCAUCGGUUGAAAGAAGAAGCCAGCAAGAGAGCAGCUACUUUGGCCCAAGAGCUGGAGAAGUUCAAUAGAGACCAGAAAGCUGAUCAGGACCGUCUGGAUCUAGAAGAGCGGAAGAAAGUAGAAACAGAGGCCAAGAUCAAGCAAAAGCUUCGAGAGAUUGAAGAGAAUCAGAAACGGAUUGAGAAGCUGGAAGAAUACAUUACGACCAGCAAGCAAUCCCUAGAGGAGCAGAAGAAGUUAGAGGGAGAACUGACAGAGGAAGUAGAGAUGGCCAAACGGCGUAUUGAUGAGAUCAAUAAGGAACUAAAUCAGGUGAUGGAGCAGUUGGGAGAUGCCCGUAUUGACCGCCAGGAGAGCAGUCGCCAGCAGCGAAAGGCAGAGAUAAUGGAAAGCAUCAAGCGCCUUUACCCUGGCUCUGUGUAUGGCCGUCUCAUUGACCUCUGCCAGCCCACACAAAAGAAAUACCAGAUAGCGGUGACAAAGGUUUUGGGCAAGAACAUGGAUGCCAUUAUUGUAGAUUCCGAGAAGACAGGCCGAGAUUGUAUUCAGUAUAUCAAGGAGCAGCGUGGGGAGCCUGAGACCUUCUUGCCUCUUGACUACCUAGAGGUGAAACCUACAGAUGAGAAACUUCGGGAGCUCAAGGGAGCCAAGCUAGUGAUUGAUGUGAUCCGCUAUGAGCCACCUCAUAUCAAAAAAGCCCUGCAGUAUGCUUGUGGCAAUGCCCUUGUCUGUGACAAUGUGGAAGAUGCCCGUCGGAUUGCCUUUGGAGGCCACCAGCGCCACAAGACGGUGGCACUGGAUGGGACCCUGUUCCAGAAGUCAGGAGUCAUCUCUGGUGGGGCCAGUGACCUGAAGGCCAAGGCAAGGCGCUGGGAUGAGAAAGCAGUGGACAAGUUGAAAGAGAAGAAGGAACGUUUGACAGAGGAGCUGAAAGAACAGAUGAAAGCAAAGAGGAAAGAGGCAGAGCUGCGUCAGGUGCAGUCUCAGGCCCAUGGACUGCAGAUGCGACUCAAGUACUCACAGAGUGACCUGGAACAGACUAAGACAAGACAUCUGGCCCUAAAUCUCCAGGAAAAGUCUAAGCUGGAGAGUGAGCUGGCCAACUUUGGGCCUCGCAUUAAUGAUAUCAAGAGAAUCAUUCAAAGCCGCGAGAGAGAAAUGAAGGACUUGAAGGAGAAGAUGAACCAGGUAGAAGAUGAGGUGUUUGAAGAGUUUUGUCGGGAGAUAGGUGUGCGCAACAUCCGGGAGUUUGAAGAAGAGAAGGUGAAGCGGCAGAAUGAAAUUGCCAAGAAGCGUUUGGAGUUUGAAAAUCAGAAGACUCGCUUGGGCAUCCAGUUGGAUUUUGAAAAGAACCAAUUGAAGGAGGACCAGGAUAAAGUACACAUGUGGGAACAGACAGUGAAGAAGGAUGAAAAUGAGAUAGAAAAGCUCAAGAAGGAAGAACAAAGACAUAUGAAAAUCAUAGAUGAGACCAUGGCCCAGCUACAAGAUCUGAAGAAUCAGCACCUGGCCAAGAAGUCUGAAGUGAAUGACAAGAACCAUGAAAUGGAGGAGAUUCGUAAGAAACUGGGUGGUGCCAACAAGGAAAUGACCCAUUUACAGAAGGAGGUGACAGCCAUUGAGACUAAGCUGGAACAGAAGCGCAGUGACCGCCACAACUUGCUACAGGCCUGCAAGAUGCAAGACAUCAAGUUGCCACUGUCAAAGGGCACCAUGGAUGAUAUCAGUCAAGAAGAGGGUGGCUCCCAGGGAGAGGAUUCAGUAAGUGGAUCCCAGAGAACUUCCAACAUCUAUGCACGAGAGGCCCUCAUUGAGAUUGACUAUGGCGACCUGUGUGAGGAUCUCAAGUUACAAGGUACAUUGUUUCAUUAUUACAUGUAA